CUUUUCAAACAUAAAAACACAAACACACCUGCAAGCAAUGAAGGAGGGAAGGGUUGAUCAUGGUUUGAAAGAAAUGGUUGCAAUGGUGGUGGUGCAAAGUAUAUAUGCAUGCAUGACCAUCUUUUCCAAAGAAGCAUUCACAGAGGGCAUGAGCAUCAUAGUCUUCGUUGUUUACAGACAAGCUAUAGCUUCACUUCUCUUGAUACCUACAUCAAUCCUCAACAGAGGGAAGAUUGAUCACUUGGCUUUGGGGUUGAAAGGAUUUCUUUUGGUGUUUCUUAUUUCUUUUGUUGGUCCCUUCAUGACCCAGUACUUGUACUACAAUGGUUUGGAUUUAUUAUCGUCUUCUCUGGCUACUGCAAUGGCCAAUACCCUCCCAGCUGCAACUUUUCUCAUGGCUCUUGUUUUUGGUGUUGAGAAACUAAAACCAAAAAGCUUGAGAACCUAUGCCAAGAUCUUUGGAACUCUAAUCUGUGUAGCAGGAGCUGUUUGCAUGGCUUUGUACAAGGGCUCCAAGCUUCAUAACAUUAAUUUAUUAGAAGAAAAAUGGAUCAAGGGGUUCCUAUUUCUCAGUGGAAGCAUUUGCUGUUGGUCUCUUUGGUUAAUUCUGCAGGCAAUAAUUUGUAAGAAUUAUCUUGAUCCAUUAUCACUAGCAACCUGGGUGUCUUUCUUAUCAACUAUGCCAUCAUUUAUCCUGGCACUAAUCAUAGAAACAAAUUCAAAUGCUUGGAUAAUCAAAUCUGUUUCUCAACUUCUGUCUUGCUUAUUUGUGGGAAUAUUUGGAUCUGGUGUGACAUUUUAUCUUGUAUCUUGGGUAAUUGCAUCAAGAGGACCUGUGUUUUCUGCAUUGUUUGCACCACUCAGCCUCGUGAUCACUACGAUCCUCGGUGCAUUGCUGCUUCAAGAAAAUGUCUACGUUGGAAGCUUGGUUGGUGCUACUUCUGUCGUUGGUGGAUUGUACAUGGUUCUGUGGGGAAAAACAGAGGAUUAUGAAACCAAAGCUAAGGUAGAUCAAAAAGAUGAUUCAACAGAACAAGAUGAUGUCCAAAGUAGUUUGCAUGAGUCUCUGCUGAUUGGAAGAGACCAUGAUAUUGAAGGACAUCUGCAGAUUAACUAAGCCACUGUCAUUGUAGCGUACGUGCUAGUUCUCUAUAUUUAUUAUUUGGAGUGGAUUCUGGGACAUGGAUUUAUAGUUGAAUUUUGGUGUGAUACUGAAUUUGUAGUUUGGGUCAUGAUAUUGUUGAUAUUGUAGGGAAAAUCUGAGGAUUAUGGAACGGUUGAUCAACGGGAUGUUCCUAGUGUCUGGUACUUUGGGACUUGGGAGUUUGAUGUUUAAAAGUCCACUAUUUAAUCUUUUUUUUUAUUAUUGAAUAUUAGUUAUCAAGCUUUUAAAUCAUUGAACUCGCUU